UCUGAUAGAAAAAUAAUUUUGCCUACUUCUUCUUAGUUUUUAUUUUUUUUUUAUUUUUUAAUAAUUGUUAAAACACAAAAAAGCAGAUUAUAAUCGAAAUGGAAUUCUUCCACAAAGGCAAGACAGUUCGACUUUGCAGCCACCAUGAAAAAUACUUAGUUGCCGAAGACGAUGAAGAGUCGGUCAGGCAGGACAGAAAUGGAGCAUCCAAGAGAGCUCGAUGGACAGUCGAGUUCGUAACCGGCUCCGGCUCCGCUAUCCGCCUUAAGAGCUGCUACGACAAGUAUCUCACCGCCUCCACCGAGCCAUUUCUGAAAGGUUUGAGUAGCGGUCGGAAAGUUGUACAGGCCCUGCCGUCAUGUCUUGACUCCACGGUCGAAUGGGAGCCGAUCAUAGAUGGGGAACACAUCAGGCUCAAGAGCCGCUACAGUCAUAGCUUCCUCAGGGGCAGUGGAGGGCUUGCACCAUGGAGGAAUUCGGUCACCCAUUAUACAGCUGAUGAAACAGAAAAGUCUAGCUUGGAAUGGGAUGUUGAUAUUGUAGAGAAUCUUGACAUACAUGAGGUACCUAAAAUUUUACUCUCUCUCUCUGAUACAAUGAGUCACACACAACCUCCUCCUCCUCAGACACCUCAGGUACCCGCAAAAUGCGAAACUCCGGCUGCACCUCCUGCUCAUGUUCAUCCUCCUCCUCGACAGGAUAACAACAUGAAUAACGUGCAAUAUACGCAGCUAGGAAUUGGCGCAACAGGUAUAGCAGUAUCUGCAGCAAGUCUAGCAGCAGACAUUUGGGAUUUCUAA